UCAAGAUGCAGACAGUAGUUUUAAUUGCGAUUAUCUCGGUUUUGCCCGUCACGGUUUUAAGUGGAUGCGCAGAAAUCAGUUCCUGCAGCUCCAACUUUUCCACGGAAAGCGGAGUGGAAUGCACGAAACUUGCAGCUUAUAUCAGCUGUUUGAAGACUUCUGGGUGCCAUGCGAUCGCGCAAACCAUUACAAAUCUGGACCAGAUUUACAACAGACUUUGCGUUUCAAGCACGCCUGGCACUAACAACGCAUGGUCCUUCCUUGCUUCAUAUGUUUCUCUCAACGGUUUAUCAUACCACAGCAUCGCCAACUGUCACCCUCUGACUCAAUGCUCGUCCAGCAUGCCAGUUGAUACGACGCUCUUAUCAAAGGGAGACUAUUCCCAGAUUUGCCCCAUCUACACCCAUCGGAUAGGCUGUUGGAAGAGAGCCAGCACCAGCUGCAGUCUGCCCAGUGAACUAGCGCAGCACAUAACUAGAACCCAGUCCAUGUUGGACGCCUUGUGCAGCGUGGGAGGGGGAUCAAAGAGUUUCACCGCGUCCUUCAUCAAUCUAGUGACCAGCGGUGGAUCUGGAUUAGAAGGCUGUAAGGACGUUCUGAAGUGUGUCUUUAAAGCAUAUCCCAUGAAGGAUGGAAAACCCGACCAACAAGCUUUGCAAAACAUACAACAAGACAAGCCGGCCAUGUGUCGAAUGGCCUAUGCAUCGUUUAAAUGUAUUGUAACUGGCGAUGCCGGGUGUUCGAUCGUCGCUCAAAUGAAGCCAUACAUUGAUGCGAGCAGGAAACAGUUAAUCGAAAUGUGUGGAAAAGAUCCAAAUGGUGCAGGAUUACUGACGGGCUGGACUGUUUUGAUAUAUGUCCUUGUUGCGUUAGUCAUGAUCCUACAUUCAUAGGACAGAGAUUAAUGGAUGGAAAAGGAAAGACAAAAAUGUUGUUUAAAGACAACUGAGUGUAUUUGAGAUUACAGCUAAUUUAGUUGUCCAACAUAUUGUUAUUUCCAGAUUUGGUCAAGAGAGAAAUAUUAGAAACCCGCUGCCACCAAAUACGUCUACCGAAAACGUGAAUGCUGAUUUGUUUAUAUGUAUUUGUUUAUAGAGUUUCGUGCAACAUGUCAGAAUCCUAGCUAUUUUUGUUAGUACUGAGGGCUAUUUUUAAUUUACAUGUGCGCAAUCUUUGCACCAGCACCGCGCCAAAAUAUAUUGCACAUGGAAAACGACCCUAACUACAUGUAUAGUUCCAGAUAACGUUGUACAGGUAGAGACCUCGAUUUAUGUUUGAGGGGUUGUCGGAUCUACCUAUGUCAGUGAAUCGAUUGGUAUAUUUCCUUUACUGGGAACACAAGCCAUAAGAAUAUAUCUGUGGCUGCAGUGGAAUGUUUUUCUUCCCUCUAAAGACUAUUGUUAUACGUAGACCUAGGCUAUGAUAGUUAUGCACUUAAGGUGAUCAUAGCGCUAAGAUCGCUUUGUGGAACGAGGUCACGGUCCGAUGGAGCAUAGGGACGUGGUCUUGUAUUCAUAUAUAUACACAGUGAAACCCCUCUAAACCGGACACCCAAUUAAAAUGUCCGGGGUUUUUUCUUUUAAUAAAUCCGGUUAGAGAGGUUAUGUUCUGUAUUGAAUUUUAAAAAGGGAAGGUGAAACAAUUUCCGGUUUUGAGGGAAUUCCGCUUUACAAAGGGUCCGGUUUUGAGAGGUUUCACGAUGUGUGUGUGUGUGUGUGUGUGUGUGUGUGUGUGUGUGUGUGUGAUUGAGUCUCACUAUAGAGUAUGGUCUUCAUUUCACAUAUUAUUCUUACGCGCCUGUAGCUGCGUGGUUUAAACUAGUCCUGCGUGUCAUUAUUAAAAAGUCUAUUAUUGUCUAGCUGGUCGUUUAUGCAAUAGUUUAUAUAACCAUCAGUGUAAUUAAGUGCAUCGAUCUGAGAAAAAAUCUGCUUCCAACCAGCAAGCCAUGGAAUAUGUUCAAACUGACCUAAAUCAAUACUCUCUACUUUAUUUCAAAUUUAAGUGGUUGCUUAAUAUACAUGUAUUUUAUUAAAUAUUUUUUAUUGC